AUGUCUUCGGAGCAAAGAUGCUCCCAUUCUUCUAUUUGUUACAACUCCUCUCCUCAUGCUACUAAAGUAGGUUAUAAACAACCAAGUCUGAAGCAAAGGACUUUGGCCACGAGACCACCAGGAUCCCCAGGCCCAUAUGGCCAUACUACUGAUCCAACCAUAUUUCCAGCUCCGUUGGUUUUGCCGGGUGAUGACCUGGCACUGGACCCCGGGUACCCACCGCAAUCUUUUCGGGAGUGGUUGGUCGAGGAGGAUCGCAACAAUGUCACUUCGGACAGGAAGACAGUCUAUGUUGUUGCGCCACCUGAAUAUGACGAAGAUGCCUAUUUCGCGCAGGCAUGGGCCUCUGCUAGAGUGGGCAAGUCCCAGCAUCAGCUAGUAGCGCCUAAUUCAGAAGAUAUCGUCGGUUACCUGGCGGCAUUUUACCAUGGAGUGCCCGUUAAGCUUCUUCGAGUAUCGGACUUUCGAUUUGUUCCUUGGGAUGGUCAAAAAUCCAAGACCUCACCCCGCUUCAUUGGUUUAGCCGUUUCAGACGAGUGUAUUGGCAUUCGGACGCGUGCAUGCCCCGACCAAGUUUACCCUCGUCAAUUGAACCUCGAUGAUCUCCUAGAUGUUGCGAUAAGCAUACUUCCCAAGGAUGCGUAUGCUUUGUGUCUUCUGGUGAACCACGAUCUCUACGAGGACGCUGAUGAUACGUUCGUCUGCGGACGUGCAUACGGUGGAAGUCGCGUCGCAGUGGUCUCCAGCGCCAGGUAUUGUCCGAUCCUGGACGAAGUUCAGUCAGUAGAGCGAGAGCAUUCGUGGCCAGCAUCACAUUGUGACGACUACGUCCAAAAAUUUAGCUCCGACUACGUGGCGAGUACCAAAAUGCGGAAGACCGCCAGCGAAUCGUCAUCCUUGGCUACUGCGCCAUUAAGAGCCGCGUUAUCUGCAUUGUCUUCUCUCCCAAAUAUCAAUUCAUCACCACGAUUAUUAUCAUCACUCUGGCUUUCUCGAAUGUGUCGCACUGCAAGCCAUGAACUAGGUCAUUGUUUUGGUAUUGAUCAUUGUGUAUAUUACGCAUGCAUCAUGCAAGGAAGUGCGUCUCUGUCAGAAGACACGAGGCAGCCGCCCUACCUCUGCCCAGUCGAUUGUGCAAAGCUUGUCUACGCAACGGGAAGCACAGCUAGGGAACGAUAUCUCGCACUGCUGGAGUACUGCACUAAAGCGACGAAUCGUGAAACGCAUUUCUUCACUGCGUUUGCUGCUUGGUUGACUACGGCUCUCAGUACAGUCACAAGAUAG